AUGCGUUUCCAGAUCGUUUUCGCUAUUCUAGCUACAUACGCUGCGUCCGCUAUGGCGGGUGCUUGCGAGGACUGCCAGCGAACAUGUCCUAGGCCCAGCGAGGCUGAGUGCAACACUCUUUGCGCUCCCAUCUGCAACGCAAAAUAA